UUUUUUUUUCAUGACAAACAUUUCUCCUAUGGAUUGUACAAUUAGAUUGGACCUAAGUUCACAAACAGAGCCUUUACAAGACUUAGAUUGGACCUAAGUUCUCAAACAGGGCCUUUACAAGCUUUCUAACUAGUCUUAUCUUCUCCACUGAUCUUUUUUUAUAAUUGUAUAUUUUGCUUUCUCAAUCUAUAUUAUCAAUAGCUCUUUCAACCUUCUCAAUUAUUAACUCCUCUCAUCUCUUUUAUAUAAGGUACUCUUACAGAUUUUGUUGUCCACCUACAAUUAAAAUGCCCUUAAUAUUAGGAAAUUUUGUAUUUUACCACCCACAAAUAACCCACUUGAAAUUACCAUCUUUUUUUUUUCUUCUCUUUAUAUACCACCCAUAAAAGUCAAAAAUAAUAAUUUUGGGUGGUAAUUUCAAAAAAUAGGUUAUUUGUGGGUGGUAAAAAAUGGGUUAUUUGUGGGUGUACUUAUUGAAAUAGUUUCCGUACAUAAUCUUUGAACGCUGAAACUCGCAAAGGGGGAUUCAUUACUGAGAUAUUGUAGACACUUCAUACCUGCAUAUUUCAGAAAGAACAAAAUAGAUAUGUGACUCUGAGUCUCUAAGUGCAAUUGUACAACGUCACUAUUGAGUCUUAAUCUUUUGUCCCACCAUUUUGUAUCACUAUAUGUUACUAUUUUUUCAGUGUACAAUAAACGGACAAUCUACCCACGAAACAACAUGAGUUGUAUUGACUGUAUUGGUUGAUGAAUCAACCAAUCCUGGCAGUUUGUCACUAUAUCUUUGGCAUUUAAUUAUAUAUCUUUAUGUUACAUUAGCUAGAUAGAAUAUAUAUAUAUAUAUAUAUAUAUUUUUUUUUUUUUGUGUUGAGUAGCACAAAUGGAUCCCAUGAGCAUUGCCAUUGAACCAGUGAAAGAGCUACUGGAUGCACAAACUUAUAUAUGGAAUCAUAUUUACUCUUAUCUAAGCCUCAUGGCGUUAAAGUGUGCAAUUCAGCUAGGCAUACCAGAUGCCAUUCAAAAGCAUGGUAGGCCUAUGACUCUUGUGGAGCUAGGUACAUCACUGUCUUUCCAUCCAAAUAAGGCUCUUUCUCUAGGCCAGUUAAUGCGCCUUCUUGUUCAUUCCAACUUCUUUUCCAAGCAAUUAUUAUCAAGCAGUGAAGAAGCCUUUGAGCUCACCUUAAAAUCCCAACUUUUAUUGAAGGAUCACCCUUUCUCUCUAGUUCCUUUCGUGUUGAUGGUACUUGAUCCAAUCUUUGUUGAAUCCUCACAUUAUCUCUCUAGCUGGUUUCAAAAUGAUGAUGACACUCCUUUUCAUACUGCUCACAGAAAGAGUUUAUGGGAAUGUAUCUCUUGUGUACCUGAGUUUAACAAGCUUUUCAAUGAUGCUAUGGCCAGUGAUACUCAAUUUGUUGUGAACUUGUUGAUUUCUAGCGAUGAGUUCAAGGGCUUAUGGGAGGGGGUCGAAUCGUUAGUUGAUGUUGGUGGUGGCAAUGGAACCAUGGCUAAGGCCAUUGCUAAGCUCUUCCCUGAAUUAAGGUGUGCUGUGUUUGAUCUCCCACAUGUGGUUCAAGAAUUAACAGGGUAUGGCAAGAACUUAAUAUAUUUUGGGGGUGGUAUGUUCAAGGCUAUUCCUCCUGCUCAAGCUGUCUUACUCAAGUGGAUAUUGCAUAAUUGGAGUGAUGAAGAUUGCAUAAAAAUACUUGAGCGAUGCAAAGAGGCAAUUCCUAGUAAAGAAAUAGGAGGCAAGAUAAUUAUUAUUAACAUGGUGGUGGAGAACAACAACGAGAAUAACAUUCCCGAUUAUUUGUAUUCCCAGUUAUUGUUGGUCUUGCAGGUGAUGAAUAUUACCACUGGGGGCAAGGAAAGAACUGAAGAGGAAUGGAGAAAGUUGUUUAUCAGUGCUGGUUUGAAUGACUAUAAGAUAUUUCGUAAUAUUGGGUCAAGGUCUGUUAUUGAGGUCUAUACCUUAAAUUUUCUAGAUGCGUGUGAUAUCCGUAAAAUAUUUCACUGUUAAGAUAAUCCAAAUUAAUGAUUACAUUAUUAAGUUGUAAUGCUUUGUGUAUUAUGUUGACUGGCUUGUAUAUUUGAGUCAAAAAUUUUUCAUUAUUAAGUUGUAAUGUUUCGUGUAAUUAAGUUAUUUUUUUUGUACAAUUGAGAUAAUCAGAUUAUUGUGGUGUUAUGUUUUGUGUGUGCAUGUACUUGUAACAGAAAUUAUUGAAUAGUUUCAUUUGCAAACUAUGUUACUUUAUUCUAUA